CAUCGGCACUUAUUAACAUCACUUUCCCCAAACAGUCUGCUAAAGGCUACAUGGGGGAAGUUUGUCCGUGUCCUAUUUGUGAACUCACGUACAGCUCUGAUGCCGCGAGAAAGAGGAGGGGACUCGCCCCGUGACAUUCUAUCGCAACACGGGGGAGGGUGUCCCCGGCACGGAACGACCAACCCCCUCGGCCCCCUGGCCCAGGGGGAGGGGAGGGCGCCUGUGGGCAUAAGUGGGGACCCCCAUGCAGAGCCGCGUGGAGACGGAGCGCAGAGCGGACCAGGUGCGGGACGAGAGAGCGAGGGAGCGAGGGAGAAACGCCAAGCGCAAUACGUCCGUGACGUUCGAGGAAGUCGUCCACGGCAGGAGCGUGCCGAGCGGCGGCCGUGUCCCGCGAGGAGGGCGGCAGCUGCCCCAGGAAGCACACAAUGGGCCCGAACGUGCAGUGCGUGGCCGCGUGGGCCCUGUGUCUGCUCCUGCACGCCGCCCUGGUGCAGGCCUGGCCCCAGGUCUUCGACGUAGAGCCGCGCUAUGGAAGUUUGAACGGAGCCACGCGACUCACCAUCUCUGGCACCGGUUUCGCCCAGGAGAGCCAGGUGAGCUUCGGCGACGGGGACUCCCAGCUGGGCAACGCCGUGUUCCUGGUGUCAUGGAGGCACGCGGUGCCAUGUGACGUGGAGAAGGACUCGAGCCACGAGAACAUCAUCAUCUGCUACACACGGCCGCUACUGGAAGACCAGUACAGCGUGCGAGUGACCGUGGACUCGGUGCCUAUCCGCAAGCAGGACAUCUGCAAGGGCGUUCAUAAGAAAUGGGAGUGCACCUUCAACACCAAAAUGUGGAAAACGCCGUACAUCGAAUCGAUCAGCCCCACGUCCGGCCCCCCAGGCACCGUGGUGACGCUGCGAGGAAACGUGUUCACGAGCGUGUACGGCAACAACGUGGCCUUGAGCACCAAUGGGAAGUCCACUCGGGUUCAGAGGGCAUAUGCGGGAGGCAUGCCCUGCGAGCUGCUGCUGCCCAACUCCGACUCCCUGUACCGCCUGGAGCUGGACAAUGAAAAAAGCGACAAGGGUUACUUGUCCUGCAAUAUCACCAGCACCUACAUUGGGCACUUGAACGUGAGCUUCAUUCUCAGUGAUGACUUUGGAAGAUCCUUGCCGGACAAAAGCACGUUCCUUGUGUCGGCCCUUAAUAAGCUGUCAAUGUUCCAGUCAUACGCGGAGGUGGCUGCCGUGUCUCCGGCGGCGGGGAGCCUGGAGGGCGGAACUCUGCUCACGGUCACCGGGCGAUUCUUUGACCAGACGGACGCUCCUGUCCGCGUCCUCGUCGGAGGGCGCAAGUGUCUGGUGACGGCUGUUACGGACACACAGAUCACAUGUCGGACACAACGCUUCGUGCCCUCCAACGCGACCUUCUAUACAGGCGGGCGAGGGCUGCGCCUGGAGAUCUGGAACGGUUCACAACCGCAGAGCUUCGAGAAGAUCGCGCUGCUCAACGCAAGCUCGCCGGGGUACGCGCUCGACACCGUGGACGCCACGUGGAAGCGCUGGGCCACCGGCUGGAACUACUUCACGGCGCGCUUCUCCGGCUUCUUCGUGCCGCCCGAGAAUGGCAGCUACGAGUUCUACGUGCGCGGGGACGACAAAUGCGCGCUGUUCCUCAGCCCAUCCGGCGAUCCGGCAGACAAGGUGAAGGUUGCCUACAGCAACAGGGUGACCCACAGCUACUUUAAAGACGCGUCCCAGAGGUCACCCCCCGUUCAGCUCGUGGCCGGCCAGCCCUGCUACUUGGAGCUGGACUUCCAACAGUUCAACGGCUUGGCGGUGGUGGAGGUGGCGACGUUCCGCGAGAAGACCAUCUACACGGAGCAACAAACCGCCAGCGCCAUCAACCACAUCCAGCUGCUGCGAACAUCCUCCGUGGUGCAGCCCGAGAUACAGGUGGUGAGCCUGGUGGGCUGGCGGGCCGGCGUGCCGUCCGCCGAGGUGCAGGAGCUGACGGUGAGCAGCCCCUGCCUGGGCUCGGCGGGCGACUGCUCGGAUCAGACGUUCCGACUGGCGUUCGCCCGGGUCCGCACGGUGGCUCUGCAAGCGGACGCACGCGCCGAGGACGUGCGAGCGGCGCUGGCGGCCGUGCUGCGGCCCGACGACGUGAGCGUGGAGCGAGCCGAUGUCCCCGAGGGCCUCCGCUUCACCGUCACCUUCGCCUCUGAGCGAGGUGACUUUGAGCUGCUGCAGUGGGAGGUGACGCCGGGCAGCCAGGUGAACGUGAGCGUGCGGGAGCGAGCAACGGGCAGCGCCUCGAUGGCCUCCUUCUCCCUGCGCUGGGACGGCCGCCUCUCCGCCCCCAUCCCCGCCAAUGCCACUCCUGAGCAGGUUCAAGCGGCUCUGGAGGGCGUGAUCAGCAGCCGCUGUCCCCAGGAGGUGUCCGGGAUAUCGGAGACAUUCGCGGUGAAGUUCUUCCGCGACUACGAGACCGCCAGCCCCACGGUCCCUGGCGAGAACAGAGGGCAGCGCACGCUGCACAUGGAGGCCUUCUGCGGGCGCUACAGCCUCAAGAACCCGGCGGUGCUCUACAACGCGGGGGACGCGAGACCGGACGGGACUCCGUACGGCAACAUCUCGCUCAGCAUACACAGACAGCUGUGUGUCGCCAUGUGGGGGAACAUCGCCCCGAAGCUGGGCCUCGCCUUCACGUGGCGGAGCAAGGACGGCGCGAGCCGGAGCAGCGACGAGUGGUUUGACUUCGCGCUCCCAUCGCUCCCCGGGUGGCAGUAUGUGUGCGUAGACCUCCUCUCGCUUCUGCGCUCCGACCAGCGGUUCGCUACGGGGAGCCGGUUCCUUGUCUGGCGCCUCGGCCUGCAGAAGGGCGGCGGCGUGGGCGACUUCGCCGUCGACGCCGUUUAUGUCGGCCAGGUGGCCACCACGGGCAGCCCGGCCGACGUGCUGGCUCGCCGGGUGAGCGGAGCGGCCCCGCCCCUCUCCUCGGUGCUCGUGCAGUCCGAGCCGGCGACUCCGGGCACCUUCACCGUGACUUUCACGCCCCUGCCCUGCGGGCACGGCCUGCCGGUGCUCGAGGCCGCCUUUGCCACGAGGAGCGAGCAGGUCGAAGCCGGCGUGGUGGAGUUCCGUGGCGAGGACUGGCCGCCGGGGGCCGCGGUGCGCGUGGAGCGAGUACAGGCCGCCUCUCCGCCCAUCUCCGGCUCCUUCUCCAUCACGGCCUACAACACCACGCUCCCCGGACUGCCGCAUGACGUGUCGGCCGAGGAGUUGCAGGCCGCGCUGCAGAGCGCCGCCGGCGAGGCCGGGCAGCUGGCGGUGACGCGCGACGCCAGCGGCAGCUGCUCCGGGCACAGCUGGACCAUCAAGUGGCUCACGGCGCCAGGGGCCCAGCCGCUCCUGCAGGUGGACGGUGCAGGUCUGAGGGGCAUCAACGCCAGCGUCAGCGUGACCACGGUGCAGCGCGGGGGACUCCUGCAGCCCAUCCAGGGGGACAGCCUGCGCACCAUCCACAGCACUCCACAGGUGGAGGUCUUCGUGAACAAUGUCCCCUCCAAGUGCGUGCGCGAAUGCGGCUACGCGUGGAGGGCCGAUCUCACGCCGGUUGUCACGGCCGUCCAGCCGGACGCGGGCUCCCACGAGGCUGGCACCGUGGUGACCGUCUCGGGCUCGGGCUUCUCCGCCGACACGGAUGCUGACCGCACCAUGGUGUCGAUCGGGGGCAGCUCCUGCCUCAUCCUCUCCCUCAACGAGUCAGUGCUGGAAUGCCGGGUGCGCAACGGUACGGCGGGCCGGCACGUCGUGGCGGUGUACGUGGCCGGCCGCGGGCUGGCGCGACACGCCGGCGGGACCCACGUGUUCAGCUACGCCCUCAACCUUCUGCACGUGAACCCUGCCAGCGGCAGCGCCGCCGGGGGCACCGGCGUAUCGGUGUCGGGCGCCGGUUUCGGCACGGACGCGCGCGUGGACAUGGGAGGCGUCCCUUGCGAAGUUGUCACCGUGACACCAAACCACAUCUCCUGCCUCAGCCCCCCGGGCUCGCCCGGCGAGGUGAACGUGAUGGUACGGAGCGGUGGAGUGGAGGCCGCGUGGACAGGGACGUUCACUUACGUGGGGGCAAGCGGCGCCGCCAUCACGGCCGUUUCCCCUUCCGUCAGCGGUGUAGCCGGAGGAUCCCUGCUGAACCUGACCGGAGUCGGGCUGGGCGCCGGCAACCGGGGCGGCACGGUGACCGUGGGGGAGGCCGCGUGCCUGGUGCAGCGCUGGACAGAGACCGCCAUCGACUGCCUCCUGCCCAGCCUGCCCCCUGCCGUGUACCCCAUCCACGUGUCGCUCGGUGCCUGGGGAUAUGUGCCCUUCAGCCCUGGCGUGAAAUCCACCGUGGAGUUUGUGCUGAGGGUCACGGACGUGCAGCCACGGGGUGGCUCACUCUACGGCGGCACGCGCGUGACCAUCACGGGCGACGGCUUCAGCUCCAACGCGACAAGCAACAACGUGACCAUCGGUGGCGUGCCGUGCGUGGUGCUCAGCUCGUCGUGGAGUCGACUCGAGUGCCUCUCCCUGGGCACCGCCACCACCCACACGGUCACCAACCGGGGCAUCCACCGCAGCCUGGGCGAGGGCUACGAGUGGAGCGCCCCCGUGCUGGACGUGUUUGUGGGGGACACGGUGGUGUGGCGAUGGUCCUCGCCGCCGUUCCUGCAGGCCGCCGGCUACCGCGUCUACAGCGUGGCCAACGCCUCGACCUCGCAGCCCGAUGGGACCUUCGCGAGCCCCGUCGCGGCGUCCCCGGCGGGCUCCUUCUCGUACACGUUCUCGCGCGAGGGCCGCUACUUCUACACGAGCGGCGCCGUGAAUUCCAAGCAGCUGGAGCUGCGCGGGGCGGUGAGCGUGCGGCGCGCGCCUGCCCGCACCGGGGUGCUGGCCCUCUCGCUGGCCGGGAUCCCCGCCCAGAGCCGGCCAGCGUCGGCCUCCCGUGUGUCCCGGAGAGAGGCGCCGUCCCCCUGCGCGGUCACGAGCAAAGCCGGCGGUGACUGCGGCGCCAAUUCCCUGGAGCCCGACUCGUCCCUCGCCGGCUUCUCCUUCAGCUACGACGAGUGCUUUUCCCCGAGCGUCACCGACAUUUCCCCCCAGUCGGGGACCAUCGACACGCAGCUCCGCAUCGUGGGCACCGGAUUUGCAGCCGUGCCCUGUGCCAAUGAGGUCACGGUGGGUGGGUUCCCGUGCGAGGUGGACAAGAGCUCCGACAACGAAAUCCUGUGUCGAUUGAACCCUCGCGACACCAUGAAUGUGGGGACCGCCCUACCGCUCUCCCUCAUCGUAAACAACCUGGGCGCCGCCGUCGUCAAGACGCGCACCGAGAUGAGCCGCCGCUUCGCGCUGCUGCCCCUGCUGCUCUCCGUGAGUCCCGGCGCCGGCUCGCUGGCGGGCCGCACGCGCCUCACCCUCGAGGGCUCCGGCUUCGGCGCGACGCCGGGCGACGCACUGGUGCUGGUGGGUGGGCGGCCCUGCGCGGUGGUGUCCGUCAACUACACCCGCGUGGAGUGCGACACGGCACCCUCGUCCGUCGAGCUCGCGGUCGAGGUCGGCCUGACGGUGCGCGGGUGGCCGGCCGCCUGCAGAGGAAGAUGCAACUUCAGCUACUCGGCCGAGGCCACCCCCACGCUGAGCGCCGUGUCUCCCGCGGAGGUGACGGCCGCGCGCACGCUCCUGACGCUCGACGGAAGUCGGUUCGGCGCCGACCCGAGCGCCAUCCGCGUCUUUAUCGGCGGCGGCGGCGGCGGCGGCGACGGCGGCGGCGACUGCGUUCCCGUGAAUGUCACGGACACGCAGAUCGUGUGCCAGUCGGGCUCCGUGCGGGCCGGAUCCCACCCCGUGGACGUGCAGGUGUGGAGCCGCGGCAGGGCACGGAGCACGGUGACGGUCCACAGCUUGCCUGCGGCCGCCCUGUCUCCCACGUCGGGCAGCGUGAACGGGGGCACCGCGCUGAACCUCGUGGGGAACGGGUUCGCUCCGGGGAACACCACGGUGUCCAUAGGUGGCGCCCCCUGUGAGAUUCUGACAUCGACCCCCGAGCGCGUCACGUGCCGAACGCCAGCACGGGCGGCCGGCCUGGCCCGUGUGGUGGUGCGGGCUGCGGGAGUUCCCUUCCCCAUGCUGAAGUUCAACUACUCGGCUGCCAACACGCCUGUCAUCACGUCCAUCGCCCCAGCCACCGGAACGGCCGGCCGGCUGGUGACCAUCGCCGGCGCUGGGUUCGGCUCGGACGCGGGGACCGUAACUGUGCUAAUCGGCAGCGCCGCCUGCGCGCUGGAGACUGUCGCCCCGUCCCGGGUGACGUGCCGAGCGGGCGAGCACCCCGGCGGGACCUACGGCGUCUUCCUGCAGCGCUCGCCCAACGGCGUGGCGAGCAGCAGCGCCACCUUCCACUACCAGCAAUUCCUGACGGAUGUGUCGCCAAGCGAAGGCAGCUUCGGGGGACAGCAGAAGAUGAACGUGAGUGGCUCGGGCUAUGACCCGGCGAAGUCGCGCGUGCUGGUGUGCGGCCGGGAGUGCCCGGUGCAGCGUGACGUCAGCACCAGCACCAGCCUCUACUGUCUCGUCCCGCCCAACAACGGCACAGACGCGGAGGAGUCGUGCGCCGUACGCGUGGAGACCGGAGCCGAUGGAGUCGAGCUGCCGGGCGCCUUCAGCUACCGGCGCCGAUUGACCCCCGUGAUAUCGGGGGUGAGCCCGGCACGGGGUGGCACUGCAGGCGGCACGAGGCUCACCAUUGCGGGCGCCCGCUUCAGUGCGGGCGGAGAGAUCGGCGUGAGUGUCGGUGGCACCGCGUGCAUCGUGCGGUCCGUCUCCGACUCGGAGGUCGUGUGCAUGACAGAGGCACACUCGCCCUCCCAGCUGGCGACCGUGCGCGUGCACAGCAGCUCCGGAGAUGCCCUGCCUGAGGGCCCGGCGGAGUUCCUCUAUGUGGACGUUUGGUCGUCGCGGUUCACGUGGGGCGGCGACUCCCCGCCGGAGGAGGGCUCCUUCGCCGUCAUCACGGCCAACCAGACGGUGCUGCUCGACCAGAGUACGCCCGUGCUCAAGAUGCUGCUCAUACAAGGAGGGCGUCUCGUGUUUGAGGAGAAGGACCUGGAGCUGCAAGCUGAGAACAUUCUCAUCACAGAUGGAGGGGCCUUACAGGUGGGCACCGAGGAGGCCCCGUUCCAGCACAAGGCCAUCAUAACCCUGCACGGACACAUCCGCUCGCCCGAGCUGCCCAUGUACGGGGCGAAAACCCUCGGGGUGCGCCACGGCGUCCUCGACCUGCACGGUCGUCCUGUGCCGGUGCCGUGGACGCGCCUGGCCGAGACGGCGGAGGCAGGGAGCACGACGCUGCGUCUGCAGGUGGCGGUCACGUGGGCGCCCGGAGACUCCAUCGUCAUAGCAACGACCGGCGGCAGGCACAGCCAGCGGGAGAACGAGCAGCGCACCAUCGCGGUGGUGUCAGCCGACGGGCGGACCGUGACUCUGCGCGAGCCACUCGCGUUCCGGCACCUGGGGGUGUCGGUGGGGCUGCCGGGCGGGAGGAAGCUGCAGGCCCGGGCCGAGGUCGGCCUGCUGACCCGCAACGUCGUGGUUCGUGGCUCCGAGCAGGUGGCCUGGAGUGAGCACAUCCAGGCCUGUCCGGAAGGCUUCAACACCGGGGAGUUUGCCACGCAGACGUGCUUCCAGGGCCGCUUCGGAGAGGAGAUAGGGAGCGACCAGUUUGGAGGCUGCAUUAUGUUCCACGCCCCGCGGCCCGGCCAGGGAUUGGCCCUUGGCCGUAUUGAACACGUAGAGAUUUACCACGCGGGGCAGGCGUUCCGCCUCGGCCGCUACCCCAUCCACUGGCAUCUUAUGGGCGACGUGGCGUUCCGCUCGUACGUCCGAGGCUGCGCCCUGCACCACACCUUCAACCGAGCGAUCACCAUCCACAACACGCACCAGCUGCUCGUGGAGCGCAACGUGGCGUACAACGUGAUGGGUGGCGCCUACUUCAUCGAGGACGGCAUCGAGCAAGGGAACGUGCUGCAGCACAACCUCGCCGUGUUUGUGCGCCAGAGCACAAGCCUGCUGAACGAUGAUGUCACGCCGGCGGGCUACUGGAUCACCAACCCCAACAACACGGUGCGUCACAACGCGGCCGCUGGGGGCACCCACUUUGGCUUCUGGUACCGCAUGCACGAGCACCCCGACGGGCCCUCCUUCGACCGCAACGUCUGCCAGAAGCGCAUGCCGCUGGGGGAGUUCUUCAACAACACCGUUCACUCGCAGGGCUGGUUUGGCCUCUGGAUCUUUGAGGCGUACUUCCCGAUGCGCGGUGGGGGUUGCAGCUCGGUGGAGCCGGAGCCGGCGCGCUUCGACUCGCUCACCGUGUGGAACUGUGAAAAGGGCGCAGAGUGGGUCAACGGCGGGGCGCUGCAGUUCCACAAUUUCCUCCUCGCCAACAACGAGAACGCCGGCGUUGAAAGUAAACGCGUGAUUUCAGAAUUCGUGGGCGGUUGGGGCGAGAAUGCCGGUGCGCUUCUGAAGGAUGUGGUGGUGGUCGGACAUCUGGAUGAGCUGGGCCUGGGUCCAAAUCACUGCACGGUACAUGGGUUAAUUCUGCCAUUCAACGAAGGGCUGACAGUAUCGGGGGCACAGUUUGUGAACUUUGACCGUCGAAGCUGUGCGGUCUUUGGAGUGACUUCCAUCCAGGGAGUGUGCAUCGAUCGGUGUGGAGGCUGGAGUGAGCGGUUCGAGCGUGUGAAAUUCAUCAACAGCCCUAACAAGGCCAAAUUCCGUUGGGAGCAUGAGGUCAUCCUUCACGAUAUGGAUGGCUCACUUACAGGUAAUGUUGGCAGCAAAGUAGUUGCCCGGAGUGACCUGCUAGACCCAGCUCACUGCAAGCCGGGCCCCGAGUGGAAUCAUGGGAACUACCCGGCCAUGGUGUGCGAUGCCUCGGUGCGCUUCCACCGACUCGCCUUCAACAGGCCUAGCCCCAGUUCCCUGGAGGGCAAGAAUGUACUGCUCACCAACGCACACGGUACUAGUGAGGUCCCUUUCCUUAAGAAGCGCCUCACCCACCAGCGGGGCUGGAUGGCUCUGCUGCCCAGCCGCCAAACUUACCGCUGGGCCUUCCAGGACGCCGAACACAUCACCAACAUCUCCUACACGGCCACCUUUUAUGGCCUCGCGGAGGAUGACUACGUCAUCAUAAACCACAACCUGAUGCAGGCGCCUGACAAGUUUUUCACCAAUGGGCUGGACAGAAAUAACUCCGUGACGGGGCUCAGCGCAACCAGCAGCCGCACCGGGGACUGGUUCUUCAACGCGACGAGCCGGGACCUCUAUUACAUGGUGUCGGGGAACGAGUCGGGGCCCACGGGACGGCCCUCGUCCUCCUCGCUGGACGCGAGCUUGCGGAACCAGAACGUGAUGCUUCAGGUGCUGCGCUGCUUCUACGAGGGAUGCAUCGUUCCGAAAGUCAAGCCCGUUCCUCCCAAUGCCGUGAAAUACGACCUGUGGUCAAACAGCAGCUUCUGGCUCGCGUCGCCCGAGAACGACCACUCCGUGCCGGCCGAGGGCAGCAACGUCACGGUGCCGCCAGGUUCCUGGCUGGUCCUGGACGUGGCCCCGCCCGUGCUGCACCGGCUCACCGUGUACGGGGUGCUUGAGGUGCCGGUCGACGUGUGGAACCGCAGUGCCCCACCGCUGGUGCUGAACGUCACCUAUCUAUCCAUCCAGGGCGGGCGUUUCAUCGCGGGCCGGGAGGAUAGUCCGCUGGAGGGGGACUUCUCUGUGGUGCUGCGCGGUGACCAUCUCACCCCGGACUGGCCCCUUCCCAACGGACCCAACCAGGGCUCCAAAGUGAUCGGCGUAUUCGGGGGCUUGGACCUGCACGGCACGAACCACUCCGUGUACAAAACAAAACUGGGCCAAACGGCUGCAGCCGGGAGCGGCAGCAUCACGCUCGCCAGCCCUGUUGACUGGAAGGUGGGCAGUGACGUCGUGAUCAGCACCAGCAGCUAUGACAGCUGGCAGACGGAGACUCGGCGCGUCACGGCCAUAUCCGCCGAUGGGCGCACGUUGUCCCUCAACGCCACCCUGCAGCACUCGCAUAAGGGAGAGACGCACACCAUGCAGGACGCGCGCUACACGCUGGCGACCGACGUGGGCCUCCUCACGCGCAACGUGCGGGUGCUGGGCCAUGACCAGCCCGCCUGGUACUCCGAGUCGUUCGGGGCACGCGUGCUGGUCAGCGCCUAUGCCUCCGGGGAAACGGAGUACCGAGGGUUCGCACGCAUCAGCAACGUGGAGUUCUACCACAGCGGCCAGGAGGGAUACCGCGAGCCGACAGACCCACGCUACUCCGUCGCCUUCCUGGGGCUGGGCCAGGCAAACAGUGAGACCCCGUCCUACGUGCGGGGCUGCUCUUUCCACCACGGAUUCGCUCCGGCCAUCGGCGUGUUCAGCACAGACGGCGUUGACAUCGACGACAACGUUGUGCACUUCACCGUCGGAGAGGGCAUCCGUGUGGAAGGGGGACACGUGCGCAUACGCAGGAACCUGGUCACCCUCUCCGUGUGGCCGGGGACCUACCAAGACCGCCUAGAGACAAACAACCUACUGCUGUGGCCUGCAGCCAUACAGGUGCACGAAGCCACCGAUGUGGUGCUGCAGGGAAACGUGGUGGCCGGAUUUGAAAGGUUAGGAUUCCGGAUCGAUGGUGAACCCUGUCCAGGUGUGUCGAGUGCCGUGGCGGCGUGGAGCGACAACGAGGUGCACGGGGGCCUCUUCGGGGUCUACAUGAACAAAGACGGCUACCCUGGCUGCUCCCACAUCCAGGGCUUCCUCAUCUGGAGCUGCUGGGACUACGGCAUCUACUUCCAGGUGACGGAGAGCGUGCGGGUAUCCAACGUCUCACUGGUGGACAACGGCAUGGGGCUCAUGUCCAUCAUCUACUCCCCUCUGGCCACCAGCCACAAGUACUCCCAAAAGACCGUGCUCGUGCAGAAUUCUCUGGUGGUGGGCACCAGCCCGUCCUUCAGUUGCUCGGAUCGGCUGACGAACACCAACCCCAACGUGCAGUUGACCAUGGAGCAUCGUAGCCCCCGCCCUGCCACCAACGGGAGGAGUGGCAUCUGCUGGCCGACCUUUGCCUCGGGCCACAACAGAGCUCCGGAGAAGCCCCACGCCGGGAUCAUGAGCUACAACGCCAUCAGUGGCAUGAUGCUCGUCGAAGAUGUCGUGUUUGCGGGCUUCGGAGAGGCAUGCUCCGGCAAGAGGAGUGUGGCCUUCAUGACCAAUCCGCUCAACGAGGACCUCCAGCACCCGGUCCACACACGGCGCCUCCGUUGGUUUGACGCUCCCGCCAGCGCACGCGUCUUCAUCCACAGGCCCGACCUGAGCAAGGUGAACCCGUCGGAUUGCGUGGACAUGGACUGCGACGCCAAGAAGAAGGCCCUGCUGCGGGACCUCGACGGCUCGCUGCUCGGAGGCUCCGCCGGCGCCGUGGUGCCGCAGUCCGAGUACGAGUGGGACGGAGACCCCCGCCACGGCUUGGGGGACUAUCGCAUCCCUCGCACGCUGCUCACCAGAGCCGACGGCUCCCGCAUCCCCGUCGCCAGCAUCGCGCCCAACAAGGGCGUGGUGCGCGACGCCACCUGCGUGCUGGAGGCCGCGUGGCAGGCGUGGCGCUGCUCGGGCCUGCAGUACGAGAUGCUCGUCAUCGAGAGCCUGGACCCCGACACGGAGACGCGUCGCCUCUCCCCCGUGGCGCUGCUCGCCAACGGCUACGUCGACCUCAUCAACGGCCCACAGGACCACGGCUGGUGCACAGGGUACACGUGCCAGCGCCGCAUCUCUCUGUUCCACGGAGUGGUGGCCGCCAACACGUCGUACAGCCUGCACUUCACCAGCACCAGCCCCCAGCACCUGCGCCUCAUGAUGCUCAACGCGGAGCCCGAGACGGCGGUGCGCGUGGGGGUGUUCUAUUCCACGCCUCAGCGCCUGGACGUCUACGUGGACGGAGCGCUGGUGGCGCCCGGCAAUGCUCAGUGGAACGCGGAGCGAACUGAGUACACUCUUGUGGCCCCCAGCUAUGAAGGCGAAUUCGUGCCGGCGGUGAGCUCCUCCGUUGCGGGCGCCAACUACUUCGAGCGCGGGGAGCAGACUCUGCACGUGGUGCUGCGGGGCGGGGCGCCCGUGGAGGUGCGCGUCUCGCCGAUGCUCUUCGUCUCCUUCGACGUGCCCGCCAUGACGCUGGAGGCGUUCUACUCGUCGGAGCUGGUGCCCAAGCUGGCGCUGCUGCUCGGCGUGCCGGCCGACAAGCUGCGCGCGACGCGCGUCGUGCGCGAGGACGGCGGCGCGCGCCGGCGCCGGAGGAGGCGCUCGGCCACGGUGCUGCACGUGGAGAUCGCCGUCUCCGGUCGGCCGCCGCUCAGGCUCCCCGCCGACGACGGAGACGCCUCAUCUGGCCUGACGUGGGCCGAGCUGCAGGAAGCGACAAAGCGGCUCUCUGCAUCGCUGCAGCUUGGCAAUCUUAGCACUGCCCUGGGAGUGAACAUCACAGGAGCCAAGAUCAUCAAACCCAUGCCGCCUGCGGGCAGUGUGGCAUGGGAUAAGAUGGCCUCGGUGCCAGUGAACUGGUCUGACCCCUGGCUGCCCGUGCCGGAGCUGGGCUCUCUGGUGCUGGCAGUCGAGCCCAUGGCUGGGCCCCUAGGCCAACCUUUCCUCGUGCAGCCCGCCCUCCGAGCCGAUGACCGAGAUGGUAACUGCAUGGAGUUUGGGGUCACAUCGUGGAGUGUCCUGGCUCUCCUGAAAAACACAUCGGGUGAGAUGGUGCCGUACCUCAAUGGCACCAAAACCAUCGCAUUUUCGGGCUGCUGGGCCAACUUCAGUGAUUUGAGCAUCACCCAAACAGGGGAGUUUGUAAUGGAGUUUGUGCUGGAGGGGUCGUUCCGUGCCCACUCCCGGGCGAUGAUGGUGCAGCAGGGCAGGAGCCCUGCUGAUGGACUGACCGCAUCCCAGCGCACAGUGCUCAUCUUGGGGCUGGCCGUGCCGCUCUCGUUGCUUCUGCUCGUCCUCAUUGUCGUGAUGAUCGUCCGCUCUGCGUCCUCAAAGGCUUACGUGGUUCCACAGGGAUCAGAUUCGAAAUCCCAGGUUAACCCUGAGGUCUACACGCACAGCAACCAAGUGUACAACAGCAUGCCGGACAACACUUCUCUUCCAGCCGUGACACAGGAGAAGAAUAUGCUGGCUGAGCCAGCAAGCAUGUAGCAAUGGAUACAUCGCAAUGCAGUCCAGUAGCUGCACGAGGGUGGACAUUGGUGAGACGCGACGGUGGAGAUAACUUACAGAUCGAGAGAGCAGUCUUCACCUUCUGCGUUAUCAGUCUUCAAUCCUCAUGCAUCUGCCGGAGCCCUCAAGCCCGAAUAUUCAAUAAGGUGGACAUUUAAAGUCUGCCUCAAGUGUAACCCAAAGAUGAAAAGUUGUUCAGUGCCGAGUGAGCCCUCACAUUUAAAUAUACAUAUUCGUAGGGAAUAGCAACUGGGUAUGAAAUCAGACAUUAAGCAUUAGCCAAUAUCCAAUUCUUUUAUAAAAUUGAUUUCAUUCAAGGACACAAAAACACCACGCAGACAUCCGAGAGGGAAACAGACAAAGCUCACAAUAGCACAACAGUCUGCAGCAAUUCGCCCUCAAAUCGGGGUCCUGUUGAAAGCAUUUGGGCUCACUGCCCUGCCAAUUUCCAGUCUUAAUAUAUUUCAUGCACAAUCACGUGAUAUUAAUAUAAUGAAGUGAUUUUGUUUCCAUAAGCUAUGAGAGUCCUGGUUACUUUGACCUAUGAUGAGCUGGUUCUUCCUCAAGCCUCUUCAGUGCAUUACGGAAUUCGCAAUACGUUAUUGAAAUUAAACGUUAAUAACCCGGUCACAUGAGGGAUAACCGGACACAUGUGGCUAAGCGUAGACAAGGUGCACGGUUUCCCACUGCUGCUGCACACACUCUGUGUGCAAAACGAUCAUUCAGCAGUAGGGAGAUGGCUCACCGGUGGAUCUCAACCCUGCAAAUGAAGCUUCUCACCACAAGCGUAGAGUUCGUACAUUUUGUGUGAACGCUGAAAAUGUCGACCGGCAUAGUCCCAUUUCAUAUUCUAACCCGGACACAGCACAGCAGUGAGCUUUACAUAGCCGCAUACUUUGCAUACGUGUAAAAAUAAUGUUAAAAUUAUAUGUUCACUGUAAGUUGCGAGAUCAAAUCCGGGGUCACAAACAGGAAAUGAGCAGCAGCUCCAUCGCUUUGACUCUGACUCUAUAAUUAUGUAGUGUUUCUAAAGACGAAUAAACUUCUUAUGAGGCA